AUGGGAGACGGAAUCACCAGAUCCAAAGAUGGGGUGCCACAAUGGGACGGCGACUCACGGUCGUUCCAGGAGUAUGAGGAGAUGUCAUUACAGUGGGAACAGGGCAUUCCUACACACAAGCGAUACCUAUGUGGACCUCGCUUGAUGCAGGACAAAGGGCUGCAUCCUCAAGGACAAGAUGAUGACUUUCACGACGCCUCCGAGGGUGGUUUUGAUCCAUGGAAACUCUGGUCAGAGUCAUGGUACACGGCCACACCAUACCAGGAAGAUGAGCAAUGGACACAAUCCACCACAGAGCUGCUUCCAGAUUAUCUCCAAGGCUGGUAUCUCCUGCAUGAUGCAGGACUUGACAGCCAUGAAAAGAAUAUGAUCCAGACGGCAGUGGGCAAUACUUUUAGCACUACGCGCAUUUCUCAAGAACUCCGAGCACAGUGGCCGAAAGACGAAUUGAUGAAGCGAGAUCAAGCCCACAAGCACUCCAGCUUCUGGAACCAAGAUGACAUCUCUGAGGGUGAAUCUUCAAUGCAAGAGCCGCAAACCACAGCCGAAGAGACGGGCAUGGCGGCACUCCAACAAGCUCGCCGAUCCCUGAAAGAAGCAAGGGCCAAGCAACAUCAAGUGAAGAUGAGCCGACAGUACUACAAGAUCACCACCUCCGACAAGUCUCGUCCAGCAGGUGAUUCAGCAGGAAAAGGGUGCAUGAAAUGCUUUCGACGCGGCGGUCCUCACAAGAUCGCCAACUGCCCUGACCGGGCGGAACCAUCUCGACAUGAACAAGGACAUGUAGCACAAGAAGAGGCACCCUUCGUCUGCUACGCCGAAGCAGCCACAGAAGCGGUGACCCUCUUUGCAGACGACGCCUACCUGGCAGAGACAGGGGCUACCAAGAGCCGAAAAAGUACGGAACAAGCCAUUGCUGAAGGCUAUGGCAUCGUCGACGGAGGAGCCACGAAAACGCUGGGCUCAGUCUAUGCCAUGGAAGCCUUAGUCAACGCCAACCUGCGAAAGCACCAAGAUGGAGGAGUCUUGGAGGUGGAUGUCAACAACCAGCCAGUAUUGGGACUUAGCAAUAGCAGCCGCAACAAGUGUUUGAGCACCGCCAAGAUUUGCGCAGGAGGAAAGGAAGGGCCAGACACAUGUUCAGGCACCGGGGCCAUCCGGGCCUUGGGGGAGGAACCCCCAACCAAAUGGACGAACUCGGAGCUCCGGGUCCGUCUUCAAGAACUCGAGGAGGAGAAGGGCAUCGUCAGAGCCCAUGGGAAAGUGCGCACCAGCCAUCAGUCCUGGAUGGUUCGCUUGGGAAAAGCCAACAAGAAGAAGAACGACCUCGUCGUCUUUUGCCAGAACGACCUCCAACUUCACCUGGAAUGGACCGAAACCGUUCCACAGCUGGAGAAAAAGGCAGUGGAAAAAGAUCUAUGCGAUCUCCGAACCGGACGGUCGCGAUCCAAUGGGCUUCGGGGCGCACUCCCAACUGUCCUACGCAGGUGUUCGAGGAACACCCCAGCGGCAGUCCGCACAAUGAUGGAAGGCUCACGCCACCCUCGUCUCGAGCGUUUCGCUCAUUGGCGCCAAUCCCAGAAGGAGAAGAACGAGGAACUCCUGCCAGAGAUUCAAUAUGUGAAGAAGAAGGGCAUGACCUCCACCAGCGACAAGGGCAUCAGCAAGGUCACAUCGGGCUACCCUUCGAAGCCCAAGGAGGAUGUCGAGGCACUCAAAGAGGAGCGCCCACACAAGAAGAAAGAGAAGUCCGAGGACGACUUCACCAUGGUGUCGGAGAUGGUGUCGGAGGCCACCGAAGCCUAG